GAGAGAGAGAGAGAGAGAGAGAGAGAGAGAGAGAGAGAGAGAGAGGAGGCAGUGACUUGUAACCCCAUGACUGACUGAGGAGGCUGAGGCAAGAAGACUGGGAGUUGAAGGGACAGCCUUGGCUACACUGGGAAACAAAACAAACCUGGACAGCUUUGUGGAUGUCAUUUUUUUUUUUUAAUGCUUAUUUUCAGCUGUCUGGGGCAAAAAUAUGAAUUCAGGUUUUUUUUCUGGAUUUUUAAUUAUAGAACCCAAGUCUUCACUAAAUUAAUUCCAUAUUACUUUUAAAGCAAAAGAAGAAUAUAUUCUGUGAAUCUGUAAAGUUCCACCUGAUGCUUAUAUGCCACUGAUAGUUAAUGUCCUAGAAAUUUUGUGUGUGAUCAAGGGUCAGAGAAACCAAAUGGGUGUCAAAUACUUAGAGUGCUAUUUUCUUGGUGGAAGAUUACAUACAGUACCAGGAGGAAAUCAAUCUGUGACUCUUCAACUGGUAGGGGUUUUUGUUGGUGUUGUUUUUUGUUUGUUUGGUUGGUUUUUUGUUUUGUUUUUCCAAAUGAAACAGAAUAGAAUAACAUAUGAAUCCAGGUAUUUUAUUAAGAUAUCUUGUUUUCUGAAGUGUGUGUGUGUGUGUAUGAACAUACGCAUGUGCCUGUGCAUGCCUGAGAGAAACAAAAAGAGGUUGCCAUCUUGCAACCAGAAAUUUGAUUUCUCAGCCUUCCAUUUUUAUUUCAGAAAUACUUCAAAUGUAGAGCUCUCCCCACAUUGUCUCCUUAGAAACUGCCUUUGAAAUUCUGAGGUUCCUGCAAGAGAGCCCCACCUUAUACUUUCUGUCCUCACCAGCAGUGUUGUUGAUAUUUAUGCAAAACACAUAGAUCUUAGAUAAAUAUUACAAUAACAUAAUAGUUAAUAUUCUUGACCUUCUGAUGGUUUUGGGCCAGAGAAUAAUCAGCACAUCUCUUCACGCAAAUAUUUAAAGAGUGUCACAAACGGUCCUAGUGGGAUUUCCUUGGACUAAGGUCCUGAGUUCUGGUGAUAAAGGGCAGAAAGACAGGAAAUUCAGGAGACACGGGUCUGGAACAUUCACCUCAACCUCAACUCCAAAGUCUAGUUUAUGUUUUUGACCAUUUGAAAGUCAAGUGUCAAUUUAAACAUCUCAAACAAGAGUAACAAGACAACUCAUAAACUGCUUAAGGACAAACAUGUGACUUUGAGCACAAAUGCCAGCCCUCCCCUCUCAUCCCUAAACAGUGUGUCUCAUAAACAACCUUGUGAGUUCAUUCCCAAAAAGAAAUUCUUAAAAAGAAACAAAUAACACCUCAAAAAUAAUUAAUUUUUGAACUGCUUUAUUAAGCUUUAAACAUGGUUGAUCAGUGUAAGUUCAAGACAUACAAAACACACACACACACACACACACACACACACACACACACACACACCUUGCAGUGCUAGAUUUGAAUGUAGGCUCUACCCCAUGCUAGGCAGGUGCAAGACUCCUCCCCAGUGUUUUCUGUAUCAUUUUUAUUUGGGGACAGUGUCUUACGAGGUUUAUUUACUUUACAGCCUAGGCUUGGUUUGAACUUGGAUCAUCUCUCAAGUAGCUAGGUUUACAGUUCGGCACACCAGGCCUAGACAGACAAUUAACUGUUAAGACAGAAGCACAAACCUUUUUCUGAGACACAGGCACCUACCCAUUCUCAUUUUUUCUUAAUAAACAAUUUUCCUCAUAUUGUCUUAAACUUUUCUAUAGCAUAAAUUGAGGUCCCUGCCUCACAAGGGUAGGUAUCUCCAGAAAGCACUCAGGCUGUCUGGGUGCUGCCUUGGGCCAUACGUUCUACUUCAGUUGAUAUAAUCCCACUACCUGGUCUUAGCAUUCCUCACAACGGACUGGCUUUUAUGCCUCCCUUCUACCUGAGUAUCAUGUUCCCUCCUUUUUCUCUUUUUCUGUUGACAUGUUUUCAUUUUCUAGUCCAAGGUGACCUCAAAAGUCACAGCAAUCCUCCCUUCUUCAGGAAGGAAUUAUCAGUAAGUUGCUACCAUGCCCAGCUGUGAGCACUCUUAUUUCCAGACAUGUUCUUUGGAUAAAGCUCCGGAAAGAACAUCUCUCUAAGACAUCUGCAGGCACAUUUACCACCAGCCUAGCCAUGUUAGGAGAUUGGAAACUGUAAUUCCAGCUUUAUAAUUUUGUAAUUAAGGUUUAGGCACUGUGUCUGCUCAUCUAGAGGUAGGUAAGACAUAGGAAGUGGGCUAUUGGUGGUGUUCAGUUGGAAAGGAAUAGCAAACUCUUUGAUAAUAGCCUUGAGGUUGGCUGAUUUGACUACAUAGGUGCCAUUGGUAAGAUGAUUAUAACCGCAUCCGAAGCCCUUCUCUUAAGAUUCAGGGAGAGUAGCGUGCCUCUUACAUGCUCUGUGGAGUGUUUAUUAGGCCGUGCUCCCUUCAAGAAGGGCUCACCUUGGAGUUUUGGGAUAGUUCUAGGAACACCGUCUAGUUCCACAGUGAGACAGUCAAGACAUCUGUGUUACUUCCUUCAUGUAUAUAAAUAAUUUAAGUGAAAAUUUGGGCCUGCAUAAUUGGUUUUCUUCACUAGUUAGAAGCCACAUAUGUAAAAGAUCCCUCCCAAGAUGUUGGAUACAUUUUCUACUAAAAGUUACUUUUGAAUUAGCAAGGAAAAGGGAAAGUUUUCUUCUUCUUCUUGAAUUUGAUUGAAAAUCAAGGACUUUUUCUACUAGUUCUGGCAUGCAGGAACAUUUGUCAAUAAAGGAUAAAAAGUCGGAUGGAAUCCAAGUCCCCGUGAGUCACCUGGUGUCAUAACCUGAGCGAUUCUGUAGUGAACACAUAUGCAAGAUUCCACUUUUUGGGGGAAAAGAAACACAAAUGUCCCUCCUCCAGGGGCGGGGGAGGCGCCUGGGGAUGCACCAAUCACAGCGCGCCCUGCUCUAUAUAAGGCCCCCCCCCAGUACCCCCCCUCCUGCUACCCCAGCGUUGUUGGCUCUCUUUUGCUUUUUCUCAUUUGAUGUGGUUCUUAAUCACCUCUUGACUAUGUCAGAAACGGCUCCUGCGGCCUCAAGUACUCUUGUUCCAGCUCCUGUGGAGAAACCUUCAUCUAAAAGGCGAGGGAAGAAGCCAGACCUGGGCACUGCCCGCAAACCUCGGGGUUUCUCGGUUUCCAAGUUGAUUCCUGAGGCCCUUUCCAUGUCUCAGGAACGGGCAGGAAUGUCCCUUGCUGCCCUGAAGAAAGCCCUGGCUGCGGCUGGCUAUGAUGUGGAGAAGAACAACAGCCGUAUCAAGCUGGCCCUCAAGAGACUUGUGAAUAAGGGAGUCCUGGUGCAGACCAAGGGCACCGGCGCCUCAGGCUCCUUCAAGCUCAGCAAGAAGGCGGCUUCGGGGAACGAUAAGGGCAAGGGCAAGAAAUCCGCUUCUGCCAAGGCUAAAAAGCUGGGCUUGUCCAGGGCCUCGAGAUCACCCAAGGGUAGUAAGACCAAGGUGGUCAAGAAGCCAAAGGCUACGCCCACAAAAGCUUCUGGGAGCAGAAGGAAGACCAAAGGGGCCAAGGGCGUGCAGCAGCGCAAAAGCCCAGCCAAAGCGAGGGCAGCCACCUCCAACUCUGGGAAGGCAAAGAUGGUCAUGCAGAAGACUGAUCUGAGGAAGGCAGCAGGGAGGAAGUGAGUUUCAAAGCCAGUUUUCAAAACCCAAAGGCUCUUUUAAGAGCCACUUACAUACUUCAUAAAAUGGGCAAACACUUUGGACCAAAGUGUUUUUAGGUCGACCUGCUGUCUAAACCCUAGAGUGGAAACCUAGGGUCCCUAUGUGUAGAGUAUUUCCAAAUUUGGUUGUGUAUUAGUGGCUUUACACCAGAAUAAAGGCCACUAUUGAAAUACACAAUGUCUUUCAUUCUAGAAUAAAAGUCACCAUUGAAAUACA